GAUUAUCGUUAGCCGAUCACGGCCACGUGACGUCAGCCCGAUGAUGACACUCGUGUCUCUCCACACACGAUAAUAAAAUUGCUCUAAAAUCGCGAGUGUAUUAAAGAAAACUCUGUAAAGUAAAUCACGGCAGAAGAUGAAGUCGAUCCUAAUCACCGGCUGUAACCGUGGAAUAGGUCUGGGUUUAGUGAAACACCUGGUGAACCAGACGCAACCACCACAGAAUAUUUUCGCGACUUGCCGAGACGUGAAUAAAGCAAGGGAAUUAACCGCACUUGCCGAGAAAUCGGAAAAUCUUCAUAUUAUCGAAAUAGAUUUAGUUGAUACAAAGGAUCACAAUAAAAUAGUACAAACUGUGAGUGAGAAAGUGGGCAAUGAUGGGCUGAAUGUAUUGUUUAACAAUGCUGGAGCCAGUACAAAAUUCACACGACUCGGUUUUGUAAGGGAAGAACAACUUACAGAAACGUUCUUGAUAAAUACAGUAACGCCGAUAUUACUGACGAAAGCACUUUUGCCACUGCUAAAAACUGCUGCUAAUAAUUGUACAGAAAAAACAAAAAUGAACAUCAAUAGAUCUGCAGUUAUUAACAUGAGCUCUAUCCUUGGAAGCAUUACUGAUAAUACUACAGGUGGAUUUUAUCCUUAUAGAUGCAGCAAGGCAGCGCUUAAUGCAGCUACAAAAUCAAUGAGCGUUGAUUUGAAGGAGGAUGGAAUCUUAGUCACUUGUUUACAUCCUGGUUGGGUGCGUACAAAUAUGGGAGGGAGUAAUGCAACCAUGGACAUUGAUACAAGUGUCAAUAAUAUCUUGAAUACUUUAAAUUCGUUAACUGAAAAACACACUGGCUGUUUCAUUCAAUAUAAUGGAAAAAUUAUACCUUGGUAA